AUGACUUUCGCAACCGCCCCUCGGAAGCUGAAACGAGCUGCGAGGAUCAUUUUAGUUGGCGCUCCAGGAGUUGGAAAAGGCACACAAUCUGAAAGACUCAUGAAACGCUUUCCACAACUAUGCUCGAUUGCGACUGGAGAUCUGCUGCGCGAAAAUGUCAAACAGCAGAGUGCGCUGGGCCAGCAAGCCGAAGCCUAUAUGAAAGCCGGUGGCCUUGUGCCUGACCCCUUGAUCCUCAAUCUCAUCCUUAACGAACUCACCUCGAGAAAGUGGCUUGACACAUCCGACUCCAAUGAGAAUAUAAUCGCAGCUCUCGGCAGGGGAAAUGGCUCUGCCUCUGCGGUUGUCCGCGCAUCCGAUUCGCCCGACACCUCGUUCAUCCUUGAUGGCUUUCCCCGUACUGCUACUCAAGCCAGAGCUCUGUCCCACCUGUUACCCAUCAACCUGGUGUUCCAACUCGUCACGCCCGUCGAUAUAAUCUUGUCUCGAAUGGCCAACCGAUGGACGCACGCGGCAUCUGGAAGAGUGUACAAUGUGGGGUUCAACGAUCCUCAAGUUCCUGGCAAGGACGAUGUCACAGGGGAACCUUUGAUGCAAAGAGAUGAUGACAGCGAGGCCACAUGGAGGAAACGACUUGCCAAAUUCGAAGAAACGAGUCAGACUUUGUUAAAUUUCUACCGAGAGACGGACUCGAGCCUGGUUGUACAAGUACAGGGAAAUAGCAGCGACGAAAUCACGCCUCAGAUCUUUGCAGAGGUCGAGGGAAGAUUUGGGUAA